AUGAGAAAAACCUUAAUUGUUGCAAUUACAAUUCUUUUGAUUAGCUGCGUAUCUUCUAGCAAGAUCGAACCUUUACAAGGAAACCUCUUAAGAUGUACUGUUGAUGUUGCUAAGGCUGCAUAAACUUUAGGAAAUGCUAUUAAAUCUGCUGUCGCUUAAGAUUGGGUAAGUUUUGCCAAAGGAUUGAUUUCACUCGCAGAAUAAAUAAAACCUAUGGUUGAAGACUGUAAAGACCCUAUUUGCUUAGGUCCUGCUACUUAACGUUGCUAACAAAAAGAAUAAAAAUAAUGUGAGCAAUGGGGUGCUAUUGAAUAUCCUGUAUGCAAUGAAGGAUAUCAUAACUUUGGAUGUUGUAUUUGUGCUGAAAGCUGCCCUUCUAGAUAUGAAGAUUAAGGUCUUUAUUGCAAAAAACCUAGCUCAUAUGGUAGAGGUGCUGGCUAUCCUUGGGAGUUUGGUGAUGACAUGAGCUUAAAUAAUGCUUAUAAGCGUUGUGAAGCUGAAAAUUCAUAAGGUUGUGAGCAAUAUGGUUUAGUUAUCUAUCCUAAAUGUGCUGAGGGUUUCCACAACGUAGGUUGCUGCAUAUGCUCACCAGAUUGUCCCGAAAAUUACACUGAUAUUGGUAUCUCCUGUAAAAAGCCUAGCUAUGGAAGAGGAGUUGGUUAUCCUAUGUACUGGACUGACUGCCCAAAUUCAGCUAUGAAUUUGGAAUAAAAAUUAAGAAAAGAGUCUAGAAUGCUCGAAGCUAAAUUUGGAGAUCUCAAUUGUGAUGAAUUAAUUACAGCUAUCAAGAGCAAUGGAUAAAUUUUCGUUGAUGGUAACGACAGCUAAAAUAUCAACAAUUCAGUCGAAGUUGCCCCUACCAUUUCUCAAUUAUCUGCAUAAUAUUUAGAUAGAUGUGCUGAUAUGGAUAAGAUAGACAUUGAUAAUUGA